AUGUUGAAUAGAGGGUUCGUUAGACAGUUGUCUACAGCUUGCGAUCACGGGGCCGGCUUUCGUAGGCUCUUGGAAUAUAGUCAAACUCCCAAGGUGAUGAUACCUUUGCUUUACCGUCGGAAGAAUGAGCAGCUUCUUCGGGCAAAGGGUUUGGUCGAUAAUAAUAAUAAAGCAUUGAAGUCUCGUGGUCCUUUAAAAUUGCCUAGCAAAACGUCUUUGAGUUCUCUUUUGUUAGAUUUGAAAACUGAGGAUGAGUUAAGAGACUGUUUAAAAGAAUGGAGGAGAGUUAAAUUGGGAAAGAAGAGCUUCUGGCAGUACUUUUCGCCUGAACAUUUGCAGAUUAUGGUUAUUGUAGGCGCCUUCAAACUCAACAAUUUAGGUAAGACCUUAGAUGCUGCACAAAUACUAAGGCCUACUCUAAUGAAAGCUGGCAACGGAAAGAUCUACGAUAUAGAGCAUUGGUGCAACACAGCGCUUAUGUGCCAGCUGCACUUAAAUGCUGCAUUAAACCUCUGCGAUAGUGAAUUUGCAGUAAAGAAGAUGAAUACAUUAUGGAAUUCAACUAAUACAAAGGAAUCAAAAUCUGGGUUAUUUUGGGAGCUUUUAAAAUGUCUCGAAAGACAACAGAAUGUAGAAUUUUCUAUAUCAGAGGAAUAUAAGGUUCCUAUUAGCCUUCCUAAUAUUGAUUUAGAGACCUUAACGCCAGGUAAGAUGUAUGGGGCUUAUAAAAAAUACAGGUAUUUGUACUUACAGGCGCGUACCGCUGUCGAGUUUGGUUCUACUAACGAAAAAGUCAUUACUUUCUCAAAGCAAUUUAAAGAGCUAGCCAACAGAAUAUCUAUUAAAGAUUUCUACUUGGAGAACAUAGAAGCUUUUGAAAACCUGCAUAAAAAGCCAACGUCUACAUCUUAA